GUAGAACUUGAAGAGAGAUACACUCACACACUAGUAGAGAUAGAAACUUUGAUACGUGAAUAGAGAGAGAAUAAGUUGAUAAGAAAUGAAUGGUGUUGAAGUUGAAAGACCAUUGAAACUUCACUUCAUUCCGUAUCCAGCAUCUGGACAUAUGAUGCCACUUUGUGAUAUAGCAACUUUGUUUGCAUCACGUGGCCAACAUGUCACAAUCAUCACCACUCCCUCCAAUGCCCAAUCCCUUACUAAAACUCUCUCAUCUGCCGCCCUCCGCCUUCACACCGUUGAAUUCCCCUAUCAACAAGUCGACCUCCCUAAAGGCGUUGAGUCUAUGACCUCCACCACUGACCCUAUCACCACUUGGAAGAUCCAUAAUGGCGCAAUGCUCCUCAAUGAAGCGGUUGGGGAUUUCGUUGAGAAGAAUCCACCGGAUUGUAUUAUUGCUGACUCCGCAUUCUCAUGGGCUAAUGACUUGGCCCACAAGCUUCAAAUCCCGAAUCUAACGUUUAAUGGAUCGUCUCUCUUUGCUGUCUCGAUCUUUCAUUCUCUUCGAACAAACAAUUUACUUCAUACAGAUGCUGAUGCUGAUUCAGAUUCAAGUUCAUAUGUCGUUCCAAAUCUUCAUCAUGAUAAUAUUACCUUGUGUAGUAAACCACCAAAGGUUCUCAGCAUGUUCAUAGGAAUGAUGCUUGACACGGUGCUCAAAAGUACAGGCUACAUCAUCAACAACUUUGUUGAACUUGAUGGAGAAGAGUGUGUCAAACACUACGAGAAAACCACGGGUCACAAGGCUUGGCAUCUUGGUCCAACUUCCUUUAUUCGUAAAACUGUUCAAGAGAAAGCAGAGAAGGGAAACAAGAGUGAUGUGAGCGAGCACGAGUGCCUGAACUGGCUCAAAUCACAGCGAGUUAACUCAGUUGUGUACAUAUGUUUUGGAAGCAUAAACCAUUUCUCUGAUAAACAACUAUAUGAGAUUGCAUGCGCAGUAGAAGCAUCAGGUCACCCAUUCAUAUGGGUUGUUCCUGAGAAGAAAGGGAAAGAAGAUGAGAUCGAAGAAGAGAAAGAAAAGUGGCUGCCAAAGGGAUUUGAGGAGAGAAACAUUGGAAAGAAGGGUUUCAUAAUCAGGGGUUGGGCCCCACAAGUUCUGAUAUUGAGCAACCCUGCGGUGGGGGGAUUUCUGACACAUUGCGGAGGGAACUCAAUUGUAGAGGCUGUUGGCGCGGGAGUUCCAAUGAUAACGUGGCCUUGUCAUGCAGAUCACUUCAGCAAUGAGAAAUUGAUAACAACAGUCCGAAGAAUUGGAGUGGAAGUAGGUGUAACGGAAUGGUGUACAAAUGGUAAUGGGGAGAGAAAGAAGUUGGUGAGCAGAGAUAACAUAGAGAAGGCUAUGAGGAAAUUGAUGGACGGUGGCGAUGAAGCUGAAAAUAUGAGACAACGUGCUCGAGAGUUAGGAGAGAAGGCUACACGAGCUGUUAAAGAAGGUGGUUCCUCUUAUAAUAAUUUGUUAGCUUUAAUCGACGAACUUAAAAGAUUGAGAGACAGCAAACCACAUGAUUAAUCAAAUGAAUAUGGUUUAACUCCAAUUUUAAGUAUCAUAAGUCCUUCUAUAUGGUCUCAAACAAUCCCAUAUGCAAUAAUAUUCAAAGUUGGCAUCAACCUGGAUCUCUUUAGGAUAAAAUCAAUCCUCAAAUGAUCACUUCAUUUUUAGUAGCUCAGUUGUUAUCUUUCAGGAAAAAGCUCACAAACAUCGGUAUAGGUUAAUAGCUCACGAGAAUAACCAACAUAUUGAAUCAGUGGCUUUCUGUAAAUGAGUGUGCUGAGAAUAAUGGGAAUGCUGAAAUUCUUGUUAGAGAGAUAGUUGUAAAAAAAGUUGUUGGAUUCAUAAAUUCCCCAUGUAGAAUUGUACUUUAUUUUGUUGUAUAUUACAAUUGUCCAGACAAUCUUUCAAGGUUCUGA